UGAACGGAAAAAAUACACAUGUUUUUUCGUUCGACGAUUUGCAUGCUUUAAAUUUUUUUUGGCCACGUUUUUCGGAUCAUUUUUUUUGAAAAUUUUUGGUUUUUUCAGUUUUUUUUCACGAGAGAUAAUAAUGCCUAAAUCAAAACGUAAUCGUCUUGUUUCAUUGACGGCAACGAAAAAGAAAAAUUUUUCCAAUCUUAAAGAACGUUUAGUAAAAGAUGUACAAGAUUGUGUGGAUAAAUAUAAACAUUGUUUUGUAUUUCGUGUGGAAAAUAUGAGAAAUGCUCGAUUGAAAGAGUUAAGAAAUGAUUUACGUCAAAGCAGAUUUUUCUUUGGAAAAAAUAAAGUAAUGAGCAUUGGUCUUGGCCGUACCGAAUCGGAUGAAUAUCGAAAAAAUAUUCAUCGUAUUACGAAAUUAUUAUCCGGACAAUGUGGUCUUUUAUUUACCAAUCAAAAUCAGGAUGAAAUAUUCAAAUUUUUUGAUUCAUAUCGUCAUCGUGAUUAUGCACGAACUGGUGAUAUUGCAACCGAAACAAUUGAAUUAUAUGAAGGACCAAUGGAACAAUUUCCACAUAAUAUUGAACCAUAUCUUCGACAAUUAGGUAUGCCAACAACCUUACAAAAAGGUAUUGUUACAUUGUUGAAAGAUUAUCAGGUUUGUCGUAAAGGACAACCAUUAACAUCGGAACAGGCUCGUAUUCUGAAAUUACUUGACAAUCAAAUGGCCGAAUUUCGUAUCACAAUCGAUGCUAUGUGGUGUAAUGAUGAUGGAAAAUUUGAAAUAUUUAAUCGAAAAAAAUUGGCUGAAAAAAAUCAAAUUGCAAACAACAACGAUAAUGAUGAUACUGACGAUAAUGACGACGACGAUUAAUAAA